CCAAUAGGGAAGAAGGGGGCGGUGACGAGUGAGUGCAGGGGAGGGACUGCUGUUACCAAGUGGGAGCUCAUAUAAAGCACAAUUCCCACUACUCAACUCAUAUUCCAAGUGUCUCUGAGCAGGGAAUGUGCAGUGCUAAGUUGAGACACAGUAGAUAGAAGCCAUCCUAACACUGAAGGCUGGAGUAGGAGCACUCAUCCAACAUCAGUCAUCCCAGCAGCCCUCUCAUCUGAGCUAACAAGCCCAGUGGCACCCCCACCUCCAGUAAAUAUUCUGCCCACUGAGAGUACAAGUCCCUGUGAGCUGAAAGUAGCCUGGCUUCAUCUGAGGGAUCAGCUCAUUGGAAGCAUCACCUGAACCUUGAGAGGGACAUAUUCACCUGUUCUACAGAUAUCCCAGUCCCUCAUGUGGUUCUUCUGUGCCUCAGCGUGACUGAAAGGAUUCUAGUGCCCACAGCAGCCCAUCAUCACCUCAUCAGCACCUCAUCAGCACCCCAUCAGCACCUCAUCAGCACCCCAUCAGCACCCCAUCAGCACCCCAUCAGCACAUCAUCAGCACCCAAUCAGCACCUGCUGCACUGUCUGAAACCCUCACAUCUAAGGGCAUCUAAGCCCAGCAGCAGAAGCUCAUCAUGCUUUUGAAGAUAUAUGAAGACCUUGGCCAGUCCUCUCUACUCAAGUUUCUGCUCUCGUUCCUCUUUGCCUUGACUGCUGUUCACAUCUUGAAGUGGAUCCAUGAAUGGGUAAUUCCAAGAUGGAGUGGAUCCUCUCAGCCCCCUGGUCCCUUUCCUUGGCCACUAAUUGGCAAUGCCUUGCAGAUAGGCAACCACCCUCACCUUGCCUUCAUAGAUUUAGCCAAGUGCUUUGGCAAUGUGUUUCAGAUUAAGCUGGGAAGCCAGAAGGUGGUGGUGCUGAAUGGAGACUUGGUCAUCCGCCAUGCCUUGCUGCACAAGGGAGCAGAUUUUGCUGGGCGCCCAAACUUUACCUCCUACAAAUUCGUGUCAGGGGGACGCAGUCUAGCUUUCGGGCACUAUAAUGAUAGAUGGAAAGCUCACCGCAAAUUGGCACAAUCUACAGUGCGAGCUUUCUCCACUGGGAACCCUCAGACCAAGCGCUGUUUGGCAGAGAAUGUGCUGAACGAAGCACGGGAUCUCAUUGCUCUCUUCAGUGAGUUGGGGAAAGGGGGCAAGUACUUUUACCCCCACAGACACACUGUGGUGGCUGUGGCCAAUGUGAUGAGUGCAGUGUGUUUUGGAAAGCGUUACCAACAUGGUGACCUUGAGUUCCAGUCUCUACUGAGCAGGAAUGACAUGUUCUCAAGGAGUGUGGGGGCUGGCAGCCUGGUGGAUGUGAUGCCCUGGCUCCAGUGCUUCCCCAACCCGGUCAGAAGUGUCUUUAAGAGUUUCAAGCAGGUCAACUAUGAGUUCUACGACUUUGUCUAUACUAAGUUUUUGUUGCAUAGAAGCACAGUGACUAAGACAGUCACUAGGGACAUGAUGGACGCAUUCAUCCACAUCCUUAUUGCCAAGGACCAAGAGGGUAAGUCCAAGGCAGAUGAUGCUGAUAGAGGAGAAGACAAAGGAAAAAAUGGGCAACACCCCUUUCACUUGCUGAAGGCUGAGCAUGUACCAUCCACAGUCACUGAUAUAUUUGGUGCCAGUCAGGACACUCUAUCCACAGCUCUUCAAUGGGUCAUAUUCUACCUGAUCAGAUACCCAGAAAUUCAAACUAAGCUGCAAGAUGAACUGGACAGGGUUAUUGGUAAAGAUCGCUUGCCAUGUAUAGAAGACCAACCAAGCCUACCCUACGUAAUGGCAUUCCUUUACGAAUUAAUGCGUUUUAGCAGCUUUGUUCCCAUCACCAUUCCCCAUGCCACCACAAAGAAUACCAAUAUCAUGGGUUACCAGAUUCCAAAAGACACUGUGGUAUUUGUCAAUCAGUGGUCCGUCAAUCACGACCCACAGAAAUGGUCCAAACCAGGAGAAUUUAACCCUUCACGGUUCCUAGAUGACAAUGGAGUCCUUAAUAAAGACCUGGUAAGCAACAUCAUGAUCUUCUCAAUUGGCAAACGGAGAUGCAUUGGCGAGGAGCUGUCAAAGAUACAGUUAUUUAUGUUCACCUCAAUCUUGUUGCAUCAGUGUAUAUUCACAGCCAACCCUGCGGAUGAUCUGAAUCAGAAGGGUGACUAUGGACUGAGUAUUAAGCCCAAACCUUUCAGAAUCAAUAUGACCCUGCGGAACUGCAGCAUGGACUUGCUGAAUAACAGUGUGCGACGUGGGACAGCCGACUGACGAAAUGAACUGGCAUUGAGACUGAAUUAUAAUUCCCAUUUCUUGCCAUUUUUUUUUUACUUCAAGUUAUUUAUUUGUUUCGAAAACUUUAAAAGAAAACGUUAUGAACUUGUUUUCAUUGACUACUGAUAGCUUGGUUGCUAGUUCAAUAUAAAACAUAAUUAUAAAAGUAUGGCAUUUGCUUCAUCAGUUUGGGCAGCUCUAAUUUUGAAUCAUGAAGAUCUUUUUUAAUCGCAAACUGAACUGGCUUAAAAUUAAAUGCUAAAAAGAUCCCCAGAAGCAGUAUCAGAGGAGUUCAACUGCCUCCAGCCCCUAGAAUUCUAGAAGGGAAAACCCUGUAGAUGUCUUCGUAGAAGUACCAUUCAUAUAGAUACAGGAGAGCUAUAUGCAGUUGGGUCUAACCAGAAGGUCCAGAAACCCACACUCCAACAGAGGAGCAAAGUGUGUGUGAAAGUUCAUUAGGGCACAACAUAUUAGUCUCUUAACUGCAGGACUGCUUUUAGUUGUACUAGAGAUAACACCCCUGGAAGGGACUGUGUGUAUGGAAUAGCAGAAAUAGUAGGGAGAGAUGGUGCCUGCUGCAAAAGUGGAGAUAAUAACCCCAGAUGGGACCAUGGUAAUGGCAUAGCAUAUAGAGGGAGUUGGUAAUAGCAACAAUUUUUGUGAUUUCCAAAAGGCUGGUUACCAAAAGUUCAUGGGAGCUUGGGUUUCUAGGAGUUCAAAAAUAGCCGGAGGGCCAUAGGUUAGACCAGGGUUCUCCAACCUAUUUUCGCCCGUGAGACACAUUUAAAUGUAAAAAGAGUCGGAAAGCAACACAAGCAUGAAAAAGCUAUACCAAAUACGGGCUGUGAUUGGCUAUUUGACAGCCCCUAUGUAGACUGGCAGCCUACAGGAGGCUCUGUUUGGCAGAACAUCUGGUUUUCAUGGAAGAAAAUCUUUCCCCCAGGCCAGGAAUUCAUCAAUAAGCCCCUGCUUUGAGGCCACUUGGAGCAACAUCCAAGGAGUUGGUAAAUGACAUGUUGCUCAUGAGCCACUGGUUUGGGAUCACUGGGUUAGACAGUUCCACUUUUUAUUUAUAAUAUGGUGCAACGCAGUCUAGUAAAUGACACCCUCUGAGCUAGCCAUUGGUCUCUAUCACUUGUAUGGAGUAUGUGAUGGUGUGUGUGCACUAAUUGCGUCCUUUAUAGUGUGUUGUACUUGCAGUCUGCUACUACAGGCCAUCAUAAGAAAGCUAUAGUAAUGUAAUAUAGCUCAGCAGGCAGGCUGUAUUAUUUGUUAGCUAAACAUAAGCCUGAUAAACAAGAUUUGUAAUGAAACUGCGGCCUGCCUUCUCCUUUAAAUCACAAAAACGUUAUCUCCUUGUUAUUUGUUUUAAAAAAUUAGUAAGUUAUUCUUUCACAAGAGUCACAAGCUUUUCGAUAAGGAUGAGUUCACCAUACGAGUGCUUAACAGAGCGAAAGAAUCUGACAAACCAUCUUCUGAAGAAUAGGGAAUGCACUGUAUAGUACAGCAAAUAAACUAUUGAUUUUACUUUAGUAAAGCUAAAGACAAGAAGUUGCAAUGAAAUGGGGCUCACACUGAACACAGAGGUAAACUCGCUUUCAACUUUGUAUCAUAGAACAGCAGCACACAAACAUUAUCUAUGGGAACAGAAAAAAUAUGUGGGAAUAGGAAAACAUAAAAUGCUUCUGCUGUAUGAAAUAAUGUAUAGGGUCAUAAGAAUACAUUUUAUUAAUGAAUAUACAGUAGUUAUUCUACCUUUCCAUCAUUGUUAUAGUCUGUGUGACCUCCAAAACCAGCCAAUCACAACAAGUAUUUGUGACACUUCCUAAUGGUUGUUCAUGAUGUAAGUUAAAAAUAGCUUAAUAUACCCGCUGUUCUGUGUAUGGAUACGGUGGAAACCUAACAAUAAACGUUAGGGGUACUGGAGUAUAUAGAGCACAGUCGUUAGUAGCAAUUGCUGUGGACUGAGAACUAAAGAUAUGUAGGGGGUAUAACUGAAAGCAUGUACAUUGUGAACACAUCAGUAGAAAAAAGGGAUGCACCAAAUCCAGGGUUCGGGAUUCGGCCAGGAUUUUUCAGCAGGAUUCGGUCGAAUCCUUCUGCCCGGCUGAACUGAAUCCACAUCCUAAUUUGCAUAAGCAAAUUAGGGGGGGAGGGAAAUCAUGAAUUUUUUUCAAAAUGUUUUUCCCUUCCCACCCCUAAUUUGCAUAUGCAAAUUAGGAUUCAGAUUCGGUUCGGUAUUCGCCCAAAAUCUGUCGUGAACGAUUCAGGGGUUUGGUUGAAUCCAAAAUAGUGCAUUCGGUGCAUCUAUUGUACUAAUCUUAAAUGAAGAUAUAUUCUUUGUGUUAUUCAUGUUAUUAUACACAUGCAUUGCAUACAAAUAUGGAUAUGAUUUGAGCUGUUGAUAUAUGAUUUGAAGCAUGCUACAUUUAUGUCUUUUGUUAUAAGUGUAAAGAGUCUGUAUACAAUUAUACUGUAGCCACUA